CGGGCCUGAACACCAGUUACAUCCAACAGUCAGUGCAGGUGGCGUUGGUAAGGGUAUAGGCACGACCGUAAGCGGCAAGCCCAAGAACAGUAAGGGUGUAGGCACGACCGUUUGCGGUAAGCCCAAGAACAGUAAGGGUAUAGGCACGACCAUAAGCGGCAAGCCCAAGAACAGUAAGGAUAUAGGCACGACCGUAAGCGGUAAGCCCAAGAACAAUAAGGGUAUAUGCACGACAGUAAGCGGCAAGCCCAAGAACAGUAAGGGUAUAGACACGACAGUAAGCGGUAAGCCCAAGAACAGUAAGGGUAUAUGCUCGACAGUAAAUGGCAAGCCUAAGAACAGUCAGGGUAUAUGCACGACAAUAAACGGCAAGCCUAAGAACAGUAGGGUAUAGUCACGACAGUAAACGGCAAGCCCAAGAACAACUAGGUGGGGGUAAUCC